ACCUCUUCUACUUUACUGUAAUUGUGAUUACCCAGAUAUGAAGUUAUACUAUUUUGACUUGUACGGAAGAGGAGAGGCCAUCAGGCUCUUGCUUACUCAUGCUAAGGCUGAAUGGACCGAACAGAGAAUCUCAUUUGAAGAAUGGCCAGAGGUUAAGACCAGCAAUAAGGGCAUCAAGUUUGGCCAACUCCCUGUGCUUGAGAAAGAUGGCAAGUUUUAUGCCCAAGGCGGAGCUAUUUUGAGAUACUUAGGAGGAAAUCAUGGUUACUAUCCAGAAGACGUAGAAGAGAGAUUCAGAGUUGACGAAAUCACUGACCUCAUUGCUAGUGACUUCUCCCCAAAAAUUGGAGAGGCUGUAUUCGGAGCAAAGACCGAGGAAGAAAAGAAAGAUUCCAUUGGUAAACUAGUAGAGGAACACUUCCCCAAGUUCUUCGGCUUCCUUGAGGAACAAUUGACUAGCAACAGCUCCCAGGACUUCCUCGUCGGAGACUCAUACACCAUUGCUGACUUUGUCUUGUUGUCCUCUUACAUCGCCCACAUCAACCACCCACACAGAAAGGACCAAGUGUCCCCAUUGCUUGAUAGCUAUCCAACCUUGAAGGCUUACUUCGCUGCCAGAACUGCUGACUUGAAGGACUACCUCGACAGCUUGCCUGAGUGCUUCCUCUAAUACCUUGAUUCCACUAACAAUU